AUGACCGCUGAGGAUUCCACCGCAGCCAUGAGCAACGACCCCGCAGCCCUGUCAUCGGCCAGGGUGCCCGAGGGCGUGGCCGGCGCGCCCAACGAGGCGGCGCUGCUGGCGCUGAUGGAGCGCACCGGCUACAACAUGGUGCAGGAGAACGGGCAGCGCAAGUACGGCGGCCCACCUCCAGGCUGGGAUGGGCCGCACCCGCAGCGCGGCUGCGAGGUCUUCGUGGGCAAGAUCCCGCGCGACGUCUAUGAGGACGAGCUGGUGCCCGUGUUUGAGGCCGUGGGCCGCAUCUACGAGCUGCGCCUCAUGAUGGACUUUGACGGCAAGAACCGCGGCUACGCCUUCGUCAUGUACUGCCACAAGCAUGAGGCCAAGCGCGCUGUGCGCGAGCUCAACAACUACGAGAUCCGCCCGGGCCGCCUGCUCGGCGUGUGCUGCAGCGUGGACAACUGCCGCCUGUUCAUCGGAGGCAUCCCCAAGAUGAAGAAGCGCGAGGAGAUCCUGGAGGAGAUCGCCAAGGUCACCGAGGGUGUGCUGGACGUGAUCGUGUACGCCAGCGCCGCCGACAAGAUGAAGAACCGCGGCUUCGCCUUCGUGGAGUACGAGAGCCACCGCGCGGCGGCCAUGGCGCGCCGCAAGCUCAUGCCCGGCCGCAUCCAGCUGUGGGGCCACCAGAUCGCCGUGGACUGGGCCGAGCCCGAGAUCGACGUGGACGAGGACGUGAUGGAGACCGUCAAGAUCCUCUACGUGCGCAACCUGAUGAUCGAGACCAGCGAGGACACCAUCAAGAAGAGCUUCGGCCAGUUCAACCCCGGCUGCGUGGAGCGUGUCAAGAAGAUCCGAGACUACGCCUUCGUGCACUUCACCAGCCGCGAGGAUGCCGUGCUCGCCAUGAACAAUCUCAACGGCACCGAGCUGGAGGGCUCCUGCCUCGAGGUGACGCUGGCCAAGCCUGUGGACAAGGAGCAGUACACACGCUACCAGAAGGCGGCGAAGGGUGGCAGCGCGGCCGAGGCGGCGGUGCAGCAGCCCAGCUACGUGUACUCCUAUGACCCCUACACGCUUACCUACUACAACUACCCGCUCUGCACGCUCUUCGGGCCCAACAGGGAGUACUUCCCCAAAGCAGGUAGCAUAAGAGGCCGAGGCCGAGGUGCAGCUGGGAACAGAGCCCCAGGACCCAGGGGUUCUUACCUUGGGGGCUAUUCAGCUGGACGUGGUAUCUAUAGCCGAUAUCAUGAAGGGAAAGGAAAGCCGCAAGAAAAAGGAUAUGAGCUUGUGCCAAAUUUGGAACUGUCUGCCAUCAAUCCCGUUGCCAUUAAGCCUGGUACAGUGGCCAUCCCUACCAUCGGUGCCCAGUAUUCCAUGUUUCAGGCCGCUUCCGCUCAUAAAAUGAUUGAAGAUGGCAAGAUCCACACGAUGGAGCACAUGAUCAGCCCCAUCACAGUGCAGCCCGACCCGGCCAGUGCUGCCGCUGCCGCCGCUGCUGCUGCUGUCAUUCCUGCCGUGUCCACACCUCCACCUUUCCAGGGCCGCCCCAUAACUCCAGUGUACACAGUGGCUCCCAACGUACAGAGAAUCCCCACCGCUGGGAUCUACGGUGCCAGUUAUGUGCCAUUUGCUGCUGCUCCAGCCACAGCCACCAUUGCCACACUACAGAAGAACGCGGCGGCCACUGCUGCGGUGUACGGGGGCUACGCAGGCUACAUCCCUCAGGCCUUCCCUGCCCCUGCUGCUGCUAUCCACGUCCCCAUCCAUGACGUCUACCAGACGUACUGA